UGUUGAUAUCAAUAUGGCGGUUCUCAGCCAGACAAAGACAGUCAGUCUGAUGUGAUUGAGACAAGGGAGGUUUUCAGGGGGAGACUGGGAGAUAGGGGCCUCCCCUCCCCCUUCUCCUCUUCCUGCGCCGGCCUCAACCCCUCCCCAGUCCCCUCCCGACGGGCGCCCCACGCGGAAGACAACCCUCCCCCUCCCGCUUUCCCCUCCUCCCUACCUCAGCCCUUCGUACCGGGACGUUGGGGAGGGGGCUGUGCCGGGCGGAGAGAACUCUGCAAGGAUUCUGAGAAUGAUAAAUAACGCUGAUCAUCUCUAGAAAAGAUUGAUUCACCUCAUGUAAAGUAUGCUCAGUUCCUUUCCAGUGGUUUUGCUGGAAACCAUGUCUCACUAUACAGAUGAACCCAGAUUUACCAUAGAGCAGAUAGAUCUGCUUCAGCGCCUUCGACGUACUGGAAUGACUAAACAUGAAAUUCUUCAUGCCUUGGAAACUUUGGACCGUCUUGAUCAAGAGCAUAGCGACAAGUUUGGAAGAAGGCCCAGCUAUGGAGGAAGUUCGUAUGGGAAUACUACCAACAAUGUUCCAGCAUCUUCCUCUACAGCUACAGCUUCCACACAGACCCAGCAUUCUGGAAUGUCCCCAUCACCUAGCAACAGUUAUGAUACCUCCCCACAGCCUUGUACUACCAAUCAGAAUGGGAGGGAGAAUAACGAGCGAUUAUCCACAUCCAAUGGAAAGAUGUCACCAACUCGCUACCAUGCAAACAGCAUGGGUCAGAGGUCAUACAGUUUUGAAGCCUCAGAAGAGGACCUAGAUGUAGAUGAUAAAGUAGAGGAAUUAAUGAGGAGGGACAGCAGUGUGAUAAAAGAGGAAAUCAAAGCCUUUCUUGCCAAUCGGAGGAUUUCCCAAGCAGUUGUUGCACAGGUAACAGGUAUCAGUCAGAGCCGGAUCUCUCACUGGCUGUUGCAGCAGGGAUCAGACCUGAGUGAACAGAAGAAAAGAGCGUUUUACCGAUGGUAUCAGCUUGAAAAGACAAACCCUGGAGCUACGCUAAGUAUGAGACCCGCGCCCAUUCCAAUAGAGGACCCGGAAUGGAGACAAACGCCUCCCCCAGUCUCAGCUACAUCUGGCACCUUCCGACUGCGACGAGGGAGUCGAUUUACCUGGAGAAAGGAGUGCCUGGCUGUCAUGGAAAGUUACUUCAAUGAGAAUCAAUACCCAGAUGAAGCAAAGAGAGAAGAAAUUGCAAAUGCUUGCAACGCAGUUAUACAGAAGCCAGGCAAAAAACUGUCAGAUCUGGAACGAGUUACCUCCCUGAAAGUAUAUAAUUGGUUUGCUAACAGACGGAAGGAGAUCAAGAGGAGAGCCAAUAUCGAAGCAGCAAUCCUGGAGAGUCAUGGGAUAGAUGUACAGAGUCCCGGAGGCCAUUCCAACAGUGAUGACGUCGACGGAAAUGACUACUCAGAGCAGGACGACAGCACUAGCCAUAGUGACCACCAAGACCCCAUCUCAUUAGCUGUGGAAAUGGCAGCAGUCAACCACACUAUCUUGGCAUUGGCCCGACAAGGAGCCAGCGAAAUCAAGACAGAGGCCCUGGAUGACGACUGAUGAGGGAGGAUUGGACACGAGAAGUUAACUUAGUUUAGACGUAGCACCUUAGCAGACUUUCCUCGGUCCUUAACAUGUGUUCUUACAGUAUAACUUGCAGUUUCUUGUAUGUCAGUUAGCCGUUAGGGUCUUGUUCUGUGAAGAUGGCAUGGUGCCCUCAGCCUUUGCAUAUACUCUCAGUAUUAAUUCCCAGUAAAUAAUAACCAACCAACCAACCAACCAACCAACCAACCAAACUUCCCUCUCCCAGACCCCGAGGCUAGAAAAUCUUGCUGCUCUGUCUUAGCAUUCCAAGAAAGUGCUUCCAGGUAUUUAGAUAGCCCUCAGUUCUCAAAUAUUAGGCUGUGUGUAUUGGGUACCUUUAGAUUCCUGUAACACUAGUCUGUACCCCUUUUCCUUCCCCGACACUGGUAGGAUGCAAGCUGAGGUAGUGUGGCCCAGGAUGGACAGACGCCAUUUGGGGAGUACCCGCAGAGUAAAAGGGACACUAGAACCCCCACCUCAGUGUGGGAAGAAUUGAUUUCCAGCUGCAAUAAGCCGUGCCUCAUAAUAGUCACACUGUGGCUAGAUUAUACUUCUUUGGGUGCUGUGCUAAGAAUGUCAGUGGAAACACUCGAUCUCAGAUUUUGGUUGAUGUUAACAUGCCUGACACAGACAUCCUUUCCUCUCACAAGCUGUGUGACUUAAGUAGAUAAAAUACUGCCUCUGCCUUUGGGACCAUGAUUAAAACAAACAAACAGAAAAAUGACAAAAAACAAAAGUCAUU